GACGUAAAGAACGUUAAUACAAAAUUUCUAUCAGGAAUGUCACUUAAAAAAAGAGAAAAGUUUGAGGGGGUUGAUAUCAAAGAGGAGAUGAUAGACGUUCAACCAGUUAACCCUACUUCAACCCGGUCAUCAUUAGCAUGCACUUGUAAAUGUAUAGAAAACGACGAAAAUAACAAACUUAUGAAAGCUGAAGCCGUGCUGUGUAAUCAGUUUGAAGCUGGUUUAGAACACCUCAACCAAGUAGGUGAAGUUGUGAAGAUGGAGGAUGAUAGGAUUUUCCGUGAUAUCCUGGCUAAAGCUGAACCUUUGGACUAUAAAGAACUUCAGUGUGAUAACUGUAAUCUUGCGCUAACAGUAACACCAACGAACGUAUUCAACGUAAGACCUGCAAAAAGAAAUUCUUCUUCCGUUCCUAUACCUACCGAGUCUGACUGUGGUAUUCAGGCUGAAACUCUAUCUAUUGCAGAGACCACUCCAUCUGGGACUGAACAUAAGUUGAAAAAACAGAAACAAACUCAUACCGGAGAAAAACAUUAUUCUUGCAGUCUGUGUGAUUAUAAAUCGAGUCGAUCGGGCGCUCUUGCUCGUCACAAACGGACACACACAGGAGAGAAACCUUAUUCUUGCAGUCUGUGUGAUUAUAAAUCGAGUCAAUCGGGUGCUCUUGCUACUCACAAACGGACACACACCGGAGAAAAACCUUAUUCUUGCAGUUUGUGCGAUUAUAAAUUUAAUCAAUCGAGCCAUCUUGCUUCUCACGAACGGACACACACAGGAGAUAAACCUUAUUCUUGCAGAUUGUGUGAUUAUAAAUCGUAUCGAUCGAGAGAUCUUGCUCGUCAUAAACGGACACACACCGGAGAAAAACCUUAUUCUUGCAGUUUGUGUGAUUAUAAAUCAAAUCAAUCGAGCCAUCUUGCUUCUCAUGAACGGACACACACCGGAGAGAAACCUUAUUCUUGCAGUUUGUGUGAUUAUAAAACGAGUCAUUCGAGCACUCUUGCUCGUCAUAAACGGGCACACUCAGGAGAGAAACCUUAUUCUUGCAGUUUGUGUGAUUAUAAAUCAAAUCAAUUGAGCAAUAUUACAGCUCACAAACGUACACACACUGGAGAUAAACCUUACUGUGCUGUACUGUCUGCGACAUUAAAGUGAAGACGGCUGGAUCUUUAAAAAGGCAUAUUAUAUUGAUUCAUAGUGGGCUAUAUGGCUGCGAGUACUGUGACUGUAAUCGUAAAUCCAAGGAAGAUUUAUUAAACCACAUAAAUUCUAGCCAUAUAUUUCCUCAUCUGAACAAUAAUUUAAUCCAACAAAUUUAGGAAGGAGAAUUUCGCUAGUUAAUACAUUUAAACAUUAUAUAAUAUAGCAUUUUUGAUAGAUUUACUCGGGACAGAAUUUUUAUAACUUCCAAAAUCUUGUUAGUUAUCCAACAAAAUAUUUGAACGAUAUUACAAACUUUA